GCUUCUGUUGACAUCGAUGAAGUCGAAAAGUUUUUCAUUUAACUCAUGUUUUUGAUAAAUUAAUCUGGAUAAAGCUUUAAAAAUGUUCUCUGAUGAUAACAGUGAUAUAAUGGAGGGUUUCAUUUGCCCUAUCUGUAAAAGUGAUCAAAAAAAGUUAGAAAGUUUGCUGCAACAUUUUGAAGAUAAACAUUCCGAAGAGAAAGAUUUGGUGCAAACAUUUCGUGAUGUUUUUAAAAUUGCCAAGAAAAAAAUUCUCAAUCUUGAUGAAUCACAGCUUUCUAAAACUUUUGAUAGUACUUUGAAACCAAACAAAUCUUUUAACCAGUUGGAAUUUGUUGAGGAUAAUCAGGAUAUUGGAUUAGUUAAAGACCACAUAGAAUAUUUUACCGCAAUAAGAAAUCCUCGUUUGGAAAGAUUUGCAACUGAAACAAAUAAGCUUAUCAUUCGAUUAAAUAAACUUCUAACAAACCGCCCCCAGGAUCCACAACAAAUAAAGUUACAUGAACAAAAUUUGGUUCCUUGGAUUGACGGAAAGCUAGUCAAGUUGUGCCCUUCGUGUGCGAAAAGUUUCUUUUUAACUCGUCGCCAACAUCAUUGUCGUAUAUGUGGAUCCGUUAUGUGCAAUGAAUGCUCCAAUUUUCUCUCAAUUGAUGAUUCUUUUUCUAUUAUUAACCCUUCGUACGAAAAAUCAAAACCAAAUUCAUCAGAAGAAAUUAUUUUGAAAGAACCAGAAGAUUCCAUUCGUCUUUGUUCUCAUUGCCUUCAUCUUCUUGAAAAUCGUAAACAAAUGCAAGAUAGUCGAUCUGUUCGACCGCCAAUUUACAAUUUAUACGAAAAACUAGAGAAAAUUAAGAAAGAUGUUGCGCCAGAUUUGAUAAUGUAUGAGAAAAUAAUAACAUCACUUUAUGACGGAAAUUCAGUUUACACGCUCGCAGAUGCAGGAGCAUUACGCGGGAAAAUUGGCCAUUCAGCUGAGAUUCUUGAUGAUCUGAGCAAGAAGAUUUUAGGACAAAAGUGUGCAAAAGGAAGUCGUGAAGAAGCUUUACAAAAAUCUAUUCGCUUAGCAGCUAUCAAGUUUAUUAAAGAAAAUAUGCUGACGCUACCACCGAUUCCUCUUGAGGAAGAAAUUAAAAAAAUUCAACAAAAGAGAAUCACAGAAUUUAAUCAGAAAAUAGAAAGAGAUCGUCGAUUAGCACAAGAAGCAUUUGAACGUUACGAUCUGAGUGGAAAUGCAGGUUUUCCUGCUACUUCUCGGACAACUGGAUCUGCUAUGACUUCGGUUGAUAAUUGGAGUGGAUACCAGCAACAAACUAAUACAUGCGAUCCUUUAGUAGAACAAAUAAAUAUUAUUAAAGGUUACAUCAAGCAAGCUCGCGAUGCUAUGAGAUUCGAAGAAAUCGCCACACUUGAACAAAAUUUAAGCGAAUUGCAACAUGAAUAUUGGCUUCGGUCGCAACAGAAGGAGUAAAUACCUAUAAGUGUAAUAACUUGAAGUAAAAUAUUUAAUUAAAAUAUUAUAUGUAAAGCAGACAUAAGAAUCAAUAAAGUAAAAACUUUAUUAUUUA